CAGUUCAUUGCUCACAGUUCACAGUGUUCACACGGUAAAACAAAUUUUAUCACCGAGUAAUUACUGAAGUACAAAAUGCAAAAAAUCGUAAUAUUUUCUAUAAUUACUGUACUAUUAGUAUUGCACCCAGUGUGGUGUGAUCGUGAAGACUUUGAAGAUAACCGUAAUAGACACUGGUCUCAUCACUCUCAUCCAAGACCAUCGGAACCAUCGCCCGGUGAUAUACUAUUUGGCGAAGAUUAUGGAUGGAUAUACCACAGUGACGAGGGUUUCUGGUAUCAUCCAGAAUCCAUUUGGAGGUGGCAUCCAAAUUAUGGAUGGAGACAGUACUCUCAAGGCAACAACAAUGAUAACUAUAAUGAACGCUUUUACCGUUGAUCAUAUUAUACAGAACCAUAGUUAAGCCAGAACUUAUAUGUCCAAAUAGAAUCUAUAUAAUAUUUCUUUAAUAAAUUCUUUCUUACAUCUGAAUCUCUAUUACGGUUUUAAAAACUGUGAAAUCAUUAUUAAUAAAUGUAUUUAGUUAUAUAUCA